GACACUUUGUUGCUUCGUGUCGCGAUUUUCGAUUCACACAGCCCAAGCGGCACUUUCAUCGGGAAAUUUUUUAUCCUCGGAGGAAAAACUACUGGAUUCUGGUGAAAAUCUGUUGAUUAUUUCCCAAUUCAGCGGGACAGUGAGAAAUCGUAAGAAGAACUGUGAUUGGCUGAUUGUGGGAAGCCAAAAGUGUGAAAUUCAUUCGGAAGCCGGGAGAACCCGUCAGCCACCAGCAAAAUGCACACCGUUCUGACUCGAGGGAACGCAAUCCUGGCCUAUUCGCUGAGCGUGCUGGCCUUCCUGACGUUCUGCUGCUUUGCGUCGACGUUUUUCUACGACUACCGGACCGAUGCCAAGAUCAACACCGUCAAAGUGCUGGUCAAAAACGUUCCGGACUUUAGCGCUUCCCGGGAGAAGAACGAUCUGGGAUUCCUGACGUUCGAUCUGAGCACCGACCUGAACGGUUUGUUCAACUGGAACGUGAAGCAGCUGUUCCUGUACCUGACGGCCGAGUACCAAACCGAGCAGAACGAGUUGAACCAGGUGGUCCUGUGGGACAAGAUUAUCCUGCGGGGCGAAAAUGCCAACCUGGACUUCAAGAACAUGAACACCAAGUACUACUUCUGGGAUGAUGGUAACGGUUUGAAGAACCACCAGAAUGUGACGUUGACCCUGUCAUGGAACAUUAUCCCCAAUGCCGGCCUGCUGCCGAGUGUGUUCGCCCACGGGUUCCAUUCGUUCAAAUUCCCAGAAUCUUACAUGCCUUCACCGGUCUAACCGGAGGCUUGCCGUUAGAGAAAAGACUUUUUUCUAGUUUGAUCGUAUGCAGUGAAGCAGCUACGAAAACGUCGGAAGCUGUAUUGCGGAAGUUCUGGAUGAAUGGUUGGAAUAAAGUUCCGACCGUGGAGAGUGUAAACAAUUAAAGACAGAAACCAGGUAAGCAUUUGGACCAGAGAUAAAUUAAGUUCAUAUGAGUGGAAAAAAAAAGUUUGGAAUAUCUGUCAGUCAACAA